GAGAGACUUUGGAGAUGGAGGAGCGAGUCAGUGAGCGGCAGCAGGAAGUUCUGGCUGAGUUCGAACGACGCCGACGGGCGCGGCAGAUCACCGUGUCUACCGAUGACGCUGAAGUGAAGGCCGGCCUCCGAGCGUUGGGAGAACCAAUCACCUUGUUUGGAGAGGGACCAGCUGACCGCCGUGAGAGGUUGCGCAGUGUGCUGUCAGUGGUUGGUCCAGAUGCGCUGAAGAAGUCCAGGAAAGAUGAAGAGAGGGUCAAAAGGUCCCGCGAUGAGGUCAGCAGUCAUGCAAGUUACUCUUGCCAGCAGACGUGGUACCAUGAAGGCCCCACCUCCCUGAAGGAAGCUCGACUCUGGUUGGCUAGAUACUCCCUGCCUCAGGCCAUGAGGCGUCUGGAAGCUGCACGCGCUCAGAAGGAUAUUCCUGAGGCCACAAAGACGAUCCGCCAACAGGAGCUGCACAAAACCCUGAGGAACCUGAACAACUUCUGCAGUCAGAUCGGGGAUGAUCGACCAAUCAGCUUCUGCCACUUCAGCCCGGACUCUAAAAUGCUGGCUACAGCUUCCUGGAGCGGUCUGUGUAGACUGUGGUCUGUUCCUGAUUGCAACCUGAUUCGUACACUCAGAGGACACAACACAAACGUUGGCGCCAUCGUCUUCCGUCCACAGGCCAGCAUUUCUCUUGACCAAUCAGAUGUCAGCUUGGCUUCGUGUGCUGCUGAUGGGACGGUGAAGCUGUGGAACCUGGAGAGCGACGAGCCGGUGGCAGACAUUGAGGGUCACAGCGAUCGAGUGUCUCGGGUUUCCUGGCAUCCUUCUGGAAGGUUUCUGGGAACGACUUGUUACGAUAACUCCUGGCGUCUAUGGGACCUGGAGGUUCAGGAGGAGAUCCUCCAUCAGGAGGGUCACAGUAAAGGAGUUCAUGACAUCAGCUUCCAUCCUGAUGGUUCACUAGCUGCCACAGGAGGGCUGGAUGCCUUUGGCAGGGUCUGGGAUUUGCGAACGGGACGCUGUGUUGUUUUCCUUGAGGGACACUUGAAGGAGAUCUACAGCCUACACUUCAGCCCUAACGGCCAUCACCUGGCAACAGGAAGUGGUGAUAACACCUGUAAAGUUUGGGAGCUGCGCAACAGGAAGUGUCUGUACACAGUCCCCGCCCACCAGAACCUGCUGUCAGCUGUCCGUUUUCAACCUACUGAUGGUCACUUCCUAUUGACUGGAGCGUAUGACAACACAGCAAAGGUUUGGAGUCACCCGGGCUGGAUGCCACUGAAAACUCUUGCUGGGCAUGAAGGAAAGGUGAUGGGAGUGGACGUAUCACCUGAUGGGAAGCUAAUUGCCACCUGCUCCUUUGACCGAACCUUUAAACUCUGGCUGUCAGAGUGAUGUUACUAGAGAUAUCUUUGAAACAACUUUUUUGUUUUAUUUUUGCUUUGAAUAAAAUAAUGUUUAAAUAGUA